AUGGCAGCAGCUGACGAAAUUCCCAAGGAGCUGACGGCGGAAGAUCCAGAAACCGGCCACACAUCAUCAGCGUCCCAGCUAUCAGAAAAGGCAGAAAGCACUCCCGCGGUCGCGCCCCAACCACCAGUAGGACCAGGACCGCCACCAAAUGGAGGCACACGAGCAUGGCUCCAAGUCCUCGGAGCCUUCUUCCUCAACUUCAAUACCUGGGGACUGUUGAACGCCUUUGGUGUCUUCCAAGCAGAAUACUCCAGGAGUCUACUUUCUACCUCUACUCAGUCAGCGAUAUCAUGGAUUGGUUCCUUGCAGGCUUUUCUUAUGCUUGUUGUUGGUGUUGCAUGUGGGCGUGCUAUUGAUGCAGGGUAUUUCUAUCCGGACAUCACGGUUGGGGCUUUCUUGUCGGUUUUUGGAAUGAUGAUGCUCUCAAUCUGCAAAACCUACUGGCAAGUAAUCCUCGCCCAAGGCGUGGUAGUUGGCAUCGGCACGGGCAUGUCAUUUAUCCCAAGCGUCGCCAUCGUCGGGACCUACUUCACCACGAAACGCUCCACCGCCAUGGGAAUUGGUGCAACCGGCUCUAGCAUCGGCGGCGUAAUCUACCCCGUUGUCCUCCGUCGCCUAAUCGUACAAAUCGGUCUCGCAUGGGCGAUCCGAGUCGUAGCCUUCAUCAUGCUCGCCACACUUCUCAUCUCUAUCGCAGUCAUGAAACCACGCUUACCACCGCGAAAAGCCGGUCCCUUGAUCAACGUGGCUGCGCUGAGAGACCCUGUUUUCAUGGUCUGGUUACUCGCCGUGUUCUUCAUCUUCAUCGGGCUCUAUACGCCUUUCUUCUAUGUCGAGACAUACGCGCUUAAUCUCGGCAUCAACGCCGACCUCGCUUUCUACAUGCUUAUCAUUAUGAAUGCCGCCUCUGUACCAGGGCGUAUCUUCCCCUCGAUGAUCGCAGACAAGAUUGGAAACCUGUCCGUCAUGGUCCCUGCCGUACUAGUAUCAGGUAUCGUCCUACUCGGAUGGAUAGCAGUAGAAUCGCAAGGAGCACUCAUCGGCGUCACCGUUUUGAUCGGCCUUACCAGUGGAUCUAUCCAAGCAGUCCUCGCUGCCAACGUUCCGUUCCUGAUGCCCGACCUGUCCAAAAUCGGGACCAAUAUUGGUAUGACCUUAUUCGCUGCCGGUCUUGGACUCUUGAUUGGAAGUCCUGUCGCGGGUGCGAUUCUGGACGCUCAGUCCAACGGUUCUGUGCUUGAUUUCAAGGGUUGCAUGGCUUUUGCUGGUUCGACAGUUGUUGUGGGUGGUCUGUUGCUUGCAGUUGUUAGGGUUAUGAAGGUUGGGUUUGCGAUCCAGAAGGCGUAG